AUGUCGUUUGCUGGGUUAAAGAAACAAUUUAAUAAAGCCAACCAGUAUAUGAGUGAAAAAAUUGGUGGUGCUAAAGGAACAGAGCUUGAUGAUGAAUUUAUGGAAAUGGAAAGAAAAAUUGAUGUUAUGGGUAAUUUGGUUCAAGACCUUAUAGCUAAGACUCAGGAAUAUCUCCAACCAAACCCAGCAUCAAGAGCUAAAUUAAGCACAAUGCAUACCAUAUCUAAGAUUAGGGGUCAAGGAAAAAUAGCCCCCUACCCUCAACCAGAAGGAAUAUUAGGUGAACAUAUGUCUAAACAUGGGAAGGAUUUAGGUGAAGAUUCCGUUUUUGGUCAAAGUUUAAUGGAAAGUGGUGAAAUAUUUAAACAUUUAGCAGAAGUCAAAUAUAGUUUGGAAGAUAACGUCAAACAAACUUUCUUAGAUCCUCUAACUCAAUUGUUAUCGAAAGAAAUUAAGGAAGUUAAUCAUCAUCGUAAAAAAUUGUCAGGUAGAAGAUUGGAUUAUGAUUGUAAAAGAAGAAAGAAGGAAAAAGGCGGAGCAAAUGUAACAGAAGAUGAUUUGAGUAUGGCGGAAGAGAAAUUUGAUGAAACUAAAACAUUAACUGAAACAGCCAUGAAUAAUUUAUUAGAUAAUGAGGUGGAACAAAUAGCACAGCUUCAGGCAUUUAUAGAGGCCCAAACUAAUUAUCAUAGACAAGCCAUGGAAGCAUUACAAUCAUUAUGUGAAACAUUGGAAGAGAAGAGAAAUGAAGCAGCUAAUAAACCUCGAAAUGAACAUAUCCCCAAACGUAUUUCAUCAUUUAGACGUAGCCCCUCACCAUCACCACUAUAUGAAACACCACAUGAUAAUAAUAUGGGUAAUUCAGGUAGCUACAAUUUUGGAUCCUCUGCACCUCCUAAUUAUAACCAAUCGGUUUCCAACAAACAGCAAGCCAAAUGUGAAGCUUUAUAUGAUUUUGAACCAGAGAAUGAAGGUGAACUGGGUUUCCGGGAAGGUGAUACUAUAACAUUAUUAAGUCAUAUUGAUGAGAAUUGGUGCGAAGGAUCAUUAAAUGGGGUUGUGGGUUAUUUCCCUACCAAUUAUGUGAAUAUACUUGUUCCUUUACAAUGA